GCGGCGGCGGGAGGCAGGUGCACGGCACCCGCCAGUGGGGGUGCCUCAACUUCCGCGGGCGUUUAAAUAGCAGCCUCUCUCCCCUCCCACCGGUAAUAGGCUGCCUGCUGUUUCCCGGGGAGAUCAUGAAACGAGGUCGCCUUCCCAGCAGCAGUGAGGAUUCCGACGACAAUGGCAGCCUGUCAACUACCUGGUCUCAGAACUCUCGAUCCCAGCACAGGAGAAGCUCCUGCUCCAGACAUGAAGAUCGAAAGCCAUCAGAGGUGUUUAGAACAGACCUGAUCACCGCCAUGAAGUUGCACGACUCCUACCAGCUGAACCCGGAUGAGUACUACGUGCUGGCAGAUCCCUGGAGACAGGAGUGGGAGAAAGGGGUCCAAGUGCCCGUGAGCCCAGGAACCAUCCCUCAGCCAGUGGCCAGGGUCGUGUCUGAAGAGAAAUCCCUUAUGUUUAUCAGGCCCAAGAAGUACAUCGUAUCAUCGAGCUCCGAGCCACCAGAGUUGGGCUAUGUUGAUAUCCGGACGCUGGCUGACAGCGUGUGUCGCUAUGACCUCAAUGACAUGGACGCUGCGUGGCUGGAACUGACCAAUGAAGAAUUUAAGGAGAUGGGAAUGCCUGAACUAGAUGAGUACACCAUGGAGAGGGUGCUGGAGGAGUUUGAACAGCGAUGCUAUGACAAUAUGAAUCAUGCCAUAGAGACUGAGGAAGGCCUGGGGAUCGAAUAUGAUGAAGAUGUUGUCUGUGACGUGUGCCAGUCGCCUGACGGUGAGGAUGGCAAUGAGAUGGUGUUCUGUGACAAGUGCAACAUCUGCGUGCACCAGGCCUGUUAUGGAAUCCUCAAGGUGCCGGAGGGCAGCUGGCUGUGCCGGACGUGUGCCCUGGGUGUUCAACCAAAAUGUUUGCUGUGCCCUAAGAAGGGCGGGGCCAUGAAGCCCACCCGAAGCGGAACCAAGUGGGUCCACGUCAGCUGUGCCCUGUGGAUCCCCGAGGUGAGCAUUGGCAGCCCUGAGAAGAUGGAGCCUAUCACGAAGGUGUCUCAUAUCCCUAGCAGUCGGUGGGCGCUGGUGUGCAGCCUCUGCAAUGAGAAGUUUGGGGCCUCCAUACAGUGCUCUGUGAAAAACUGCCGCACGGCCUUCCACGUGACCUGUGCUUUUGACCGGGGCCUGGAGAUGAAGACCAUCUUGGCGGAGAACGAUGAAGUCAAGUUCAAGUCCUACUGCCCGAAGCAUAGCUCACACAGGAAAGCCGAGGAGAGCCUUGGUGAGGGUGCCACGCAGGAGAAUGGGGCCCCUGAGUGUUCCCCCCGGGAUCCUCUGGAGCCCUUUGCCAGCCUUGAGCAGAACCGGGAGGAGGCCCACAGGGUCAGUGUCCGUAAGCAGAAGCUGCAGCAACUGGAAGACGAGUUCUACACCUUUGUCAACCUGCUGGAUGUCGCCAGGGCCCUGCGGCUGCCCGAGGAAGUAGUGGAUUUCCUGUACCAGUACUGGAAGUUGAAGAGGAAAGUGAACUUCAACAAGCCCCUGAUCACCCCAAAGAAAGACGAAGAGGACAAUCUAGCGAAGCGGGAGCAGGAUGUCUUGUUUAGGAGGCUGCAGCUGUUCACGCACCUGCGGCAGGACCUGGAGAGGGUUCGGAACCUCACUUAUAUGGUGACCCGCAGGGAAAAGAUUAAACGAUCUGUGUGCAAAGUCCAGGAACAGAUAUUCAAUCUUUACACUAAGCUCUUGGAGCAAGAAAGAGUUUCAGGUGUGCCUUCUUCUUCCUGCGCCUCCUCCUCACUGGAAAACAUGCUUUUGUUUAACAGUCCUUCUGUGGGGCCUGAUGCUCCCAAGAUAGAAGACUUGAAGUGGCAUUCUGCAUUCUUUAGAAAACAAAUGGGUACUUCCUUGGUUCACUCACUGAAAAAGCCCCAUAAGCGAGAUGCACUGCCCAACAGCGCUGGGAGCGAAGGCAAAGCUGUGCUCAAGCAGCCAGACCCGUGUGGUAGGCGGGAGGGGAUCGUGGUCCCGGAGAGCUUUUUGAGCUUUGAAAAGACCUUUGCAGAAGCACGUCUCAUAUCGUCAGCACAACAGAAAAAUGGGGUAGUGACACCAGACCACGGGAAGAGAAGAGACAAUCGUUUCCAUUGUGAUCUCAUUAAAGGAGACUUAAAGGACAGACCUUUUAAGCAGAGUCACAAGCCUCUCAGGUCCACAGACGUGUCCCAGAGGCAUCUGGACAACACAAGAGCUGCCAUUUCCGCUGGAGCAGGGCAGUCAGCACCCGGCAUGCGGAAGGAGAUGGUGCCCAAGUGCAAUGGCUCCCUAAUCAAAGUAAACUAUAAUCAGACUGCAGUCAAAGUGCCUACAACGCCUGCCAGCCCAGUGAAGAACUGGGGAGGAUUCCGGAUUCCAAAGAAGGGGGAGCGGCAACAGCAGGGAGAGGCCCACGAGGGGGCCUGCCACCAGCACUCAGACUACCCAUACUUGGGCCUAGGCCGAGUGCCAGCCAAGGAAAGGGCAAAAAGCAAGUUAAAAUCCGACAAUGAGAAUGACGGGUAUGUCCCCGAUGUGGAAAUGAGUGACUCAGAGAGUGAGGCAUCAGAGAAGAAGUGUCUCCACGCCAGCAGCACCAUUGGCAGGAGGACAGACAUUAUCCGGAGAAGCAUCCUGGCCUCCUGAGGAGACAGGGGUGGCCUGGGAGCACGGCGGACUUGUCACUGGGUGUGCUGGGGGGAGUGCUGAUGCAGGGGACAAGCAGAAACCUGGUACUCCUGAGCUACACAAACACAUUUACUUGCAAUUCAGAUUGAAUUUUUUUUUUUCCAGAGUCAUUUAGAAAUCAUUGUUGUGAGACGUUUGUGUUAUUUGCAACUUGUUGAGGAAACAGAAGAGUAGAUUGUAACCAUAAGACACUGCUAAGAGGAGAACCUGAACUAAACACUAAAACAAGAAUGAAUUAAGUUUUUAAGAGAGCAAGGCUUCAGGAAGCCUCCUGAAGUUUCAUUGCUCUCUGCAUUCUUCCCAAAGCACAAACUCUUGGUAACCUGAAUAUACGGAAUCAGAUGUGGUUCUUGAGACACCCUUACGUACCAUUUGUAGCCCAUAAAGCUUAUUUGCUAGGACUGCGGUAGAUCUUGAAAUCCUUUUGGCCCGCAAGGCUAUUUUUUGUUGCAUGAAGUAUGCAGGCAGCAGCUCUGAAGCUUCACUAACACUGGGGAAACUCACGUGUAAGUGCAGCAGCCAAGCAAGAGAAUUUAAACGAUGCUCAUGGUUGGAAGGGACAGGGUAGAGCUGCUGCGGCUUGGAGGGCUAGGGUGAAUGUCGCAACGUCCUGCUGCCUGAUGCUCCUGAGUGGGUUGUGGAUGCAGAACUGAUGGAGCGUGAAGCUGUUAGGAAGGUUCUAUCUCUGAGCAAGAGCAGUUAAGGUCCAGUUUCUACCAGUCCUCUUGACCUUCCUCCUCCCUAACUGUUGGCUCUUGGGCCAGCUUGGGAUUUCCCUGGCCAUUGCCAAUACCUGGCCAUCUGGCUUCCAGCAGCACAAUGGCUAUUCAAGUUUAAGCGAUGAACUUCGAGACUCUGGUUACUCAUACUUCCCAGAGCCGGUCUCUAGUGUGUAUGUUGGGGAAUCCGGGCUUCCAACAUGAACGGAUUCCUUAAGAAAAAGGAAAACAAGAAAAGAAAAAAAAGAAAAAGUAAAAUAGGUUAUAUUUCAAAACAAUAGAAAGGCAAUAAGUUGCGAUAAGCUCUUACCAUUGACCAAGGUUAUACAGGAACGAGAUUGAUGUGUACCCUUGAAUAGUUUUCUGGAGUCAGAGUUCUAAACUCUAUUUCGUAACUUGGACUUUCUAAUUGCAAAUGGCAAUAAAUAGUAAGUUAUCAGCAAUAAUAAAUUUAGCAUUAAAUUUGAGUACAAUGUUGUUUUUUGCACUCAAUGUAGUGCGUAUGUAUUAAGACAGUGGAUAGCGUUAAGGUCCUGUUAAUUUUCUUUGGAAUUCAAUGUAGUUGUGAAUCAAACUUAACAGAAGGAAAGUUUAAAUAGCAUUAUGGGCAUUUGGAAUGAGCCCAACUUCCCCUAAAUUACCCCUUAGUUUGUUAAUAGCAGUACCCAGAUUCUUGAUUCAUUUUUACAUCUGUUUCCAUGUGGCAGGGACAUUCUAAUACCUAAUGCAUAAAUGCUUUGAGUUCUGUAGUUAACUUUCAAGUCUUCCAGAUGAUCGUCAACAACAAAAAAGGCUUAUUGAAUUCCAUCUUGCUAUGCAAGUUUUACCAGAUGAUCAGAUAAUAGAUCUGAUGCAUCCCCGUUGUAUGUAUGACAUUUCUCAAACCAAGUCUUAACUUUUCGAGUACAUUUUAGUAGCUAAUUCAGGGGAGGUGAAAGAAUGACCCAGGUUUUUAGAUUGACUAUUUUUGAGCUAUGGGGCUCAGUUGGAAAGACUGCUGUCCAGAUCAGCUUGUUGCUACAAAUAUUAGGAGGUUCUUAUGAAUCCAAGUUGUACAUUCACUUGUAGCGUAAUUUAAAAAUGAGAUUUUUUUUUUUUUUUUUUUUUUUUUUUGCAUAAGAGCAAAAACCUUUUGCUGGAUAUAGGAGAAGGUUGGACUCUACAGUUAUCUUUUGACUACAGCAACAGCUCUGGGUGAGAGUAGAAUUUAUACAAGAAUAAUUUGUCAAGCCAUAGAAAGAAAAUCUAAAUUAACCUAGUAAAUGUAUGACCUCUCACCAUUUUAAGAGGUACCAGAUUCAUUUGCACUAUUAGGAAUGCUAGUUUUGUGCAAAAGUAAUGCCUUACCUGUUUUUCCCCAUGUUUAGGUUGAAAAGCUUUCAAAUGUUCCAAGUUAUGCUGAACCAAAAACAAAACAAAACAAAAACAAAAAAAUAAAAAACCCCACACAAAAACAAAACACAAAAAAUAAGUCCACUUUUUAUUCCUGCUUCAAAAUGCAAAUGGUAUAGAGCACGGUUUCUCUGACAGUAUAAUGAUAGCUUUGUAAGUUAGUUUCAUGUCAUGCUGGGAACUCUGUAUGAGGUGGCCAUAAGCAGCAACCAGCCAGCCUACCCACUUGCAUUCUAUUAGUACAGAACCAUUGGCCUUUUUUUUCUUUUCUUUUUUUGUGUUAAGCUUUAUCUUUCCUUGUGCAUCCUGACCAAGAAAUAUCUUUGAUUAUGAUCAAAUGUAUUAUGUCAAAAUGUAGGCUAGUUAAACUUUUGUAAAGUUGCCUGGAAUGUCAUUUGUUAGGUUAUAAACACAAAAUCUUAAAUGAAGGGUUUUAUGUGUUGUGUACAAAUCUUAAUUAUUUUGAAAUGGACAGACUUGUCAUUACAUUUGUAACCUUGUACAGAGGAUUUUUCACUAUGUGCCUAGCUUGGUGUCCAUUCAGCUAAAGUUGAAAUAAAAGGUGCAUGAAGAGUAAAAAAUCAGAAAUUAAACAAAGUAUAUGUAGAGAUGACUAUUUUAUAUUACAUGGCCCAAUCCUGUAUUUAUUUCUACCCCCUUUUUGAAAGUAUUUAUAAAACUAGUUGAGGACAGCUGUAUUUUUUUGUUGAACUAUUUAGUAGAAUUUGUGCCUUUUUGUCUGUAUGUGAAUAAA